UACUUGUCUAAUUAAUCAGCAAUGGCUUCCUUCACUAGCUUCCCUGCAUUUCUUGUGACAUUAUCAUUGCUCCUUUGUGCAGCUGCAUUAGCCUCUGCGCAACUCAGUUCGACUUUCUACAACACCUCCUGCCCGAACACACUGUCGAUCAUCCAGAGCGCAGUCAAGUCUGCAGUGAGCAAGGAACGACGCAUGGCUGCCUCGCUGUUGAGGAUUCACUUCCAUGACUGCUUCGUUCAGGGAUGCGAUGGCUCGGUGUUGCUGGACGACACCUCGAGUUUCACGGGAGAGAAGACGGCCGCUCCCAACAAUAACUCACUGAGAGGGUUCGAUGUCGUCGACGACAUCAAGUCCAAGCUCGAAAGCUCAUGCCAGCAAGUCGUCUCGUGCGCCGACAUCCUCGCAGUCGCCGCUCGUGACGCCGUCGUCGCAUUAGGAGGCCCUUCGUGGACAGUCCAAUUAGGGAGGAGAGACUCCACCACCGCUAGCUUUAGCUCUGCCAACAGUGACAUCCCCAGCCCUGCCUUUAACCUCACCGACCUCAUCACUGCUUUCUCCAACAAGGGACUCAGCACCAGUGACAUGGUAGCUCUCUCUGGGGCGCAUACGAUAGGUCAAGCGAGGUGCACCAACUUUCGCACUCGGAUUCACAACGAGACCAACAUCAAUUCAUCCUUCGCGUCGUCCCUUCGGUCCAACUGUCCGAGCUCCGGCGGCGACGACGAUAGCCUUGCUCCGCUGGACGCCGCGACCCCGACCGCCUUCGACAGCUUCUACUACAAGAACUUGGUGAGCAACAAGGGCCUCUUGCACUCGGACCAGCAGCUUUACGGGGGAGGCUCCACGGACUCGCAAGUGAGCUCCUACACCUCCAAGAACUCCAAGUUCUUCGCCGAUUUCGGCAGCGCCAUGGUGAAGAUGGGAAACAUCAGUCCUCUCACCGGAAGCAGUGGGGAGAUCAGGACCAACUGCCGGAAGACCAACUAAUUAAUUAAAUUACUAUAUGUGGUGACUGAUUAUGUAAGCAUGCCUUUAAUUUGUGCAUGAUAUAUCACUAAGUAUGGGAAAAGUCCUAAUUAAAAAAUAAAAUAAAGUAUUAAUAUUUUCUCA